AUGAAGAGUCUAAGCUCGUAUUUUACCUUUGUUACUAUCAUUGCUCUUUUAUUUUCAUUUACACCUUCUUCAGCAGAUAGUCAUGAAAAGUUUGUUCAAUGUCUUUACAAUUAUCCCCAUAACACCACCUCAAUCUCCAAUGUUGUUUACACCCAAUCCAACACAUCAUACUCUUCUGUACUAGAUGUUUCCAUUCAAAAUCUUAGAUUCUUCAACGCAAGCUCAAAACCCCUUGUCAUUGUCACACCACUCGUUGUUUCCCAUAUUCAGGCAACCAUAAUCUGUUCCCAACGCCAUGGCCUGCAGAUUCGAACCCGAAGCGGAGGCCAUGAUUACGAGGGUCUGUCGUACGUUGCCGAGGUUCCAUUUGUCAUCCUUGACCUCAUAAACCUUCGAGAAAUCGAAGUUGACGUAGAAAACAACACUGCAUGGGUUCAAGCUGGGGCAACCAUUGGUGAACUUUACUACAGGAUUAGCCAGAAAAGUAACACACUAGGGUUCCCUGCAGGUGUGUGCCCUCCUGUGGGUACUGGCGGCCACUUCAGCGGCGGUGGCUAUGGAUUCUUGAUGCGUAAGUAUGGUCUUGCUUCUGAUAAUGUCAUAGAUGCUCACAUAGUUGACGUGAAUGCUAAUCUCCUUGAUAAAGAAACAAUGGGUGAUGAUCUAUUUUGGGCCAUUAGAGGAGGUGGUGGAGCAAGCUUUGGAGUCAUCGUGGCUUGGAAGAUAAAACUAGUUUCUGUUCCAUCAACAGUGACAGUGUUCCGAGUUCCAAGGACCUUGGAAGAAAAUGCAACUGAGAUUAUUCGUAAGUGGCAGCUUGUGGCAGAUAAACUUGACGAGGGCCUAACCAUUAGGAUCAACAUGGGAAGGGUUAGUCAAAAUGGGAAUCUAACAGUACAAGCUCAGUUUGAAUCCUUGUAUUUGGGAGGUGUAGAUGAGCUCAUUCGCUUGAUGCAAAAGAGCUUCCCAGAGUUGGGUUUGGUGAGAGAAGACUGCACUGAGAUGAGUUGGAUAGAAUCAGUUCUCUACAUGGCUGGAUUCACAAGCGGUCAAUCCACUGAUGUUUUGCUGAACAGAACUCAACUCAAUGGUGUUCAGUUCUACAAAGCAAAAUCUGAUUAUGUGAGAGAUCCCAUUUCUGAUGUUGGGUUAGAGGGGUUGUGGCCCUUGCUUUACGAAGAUGAGGCUGAAGAUGCUUUUGUUCAAUUCACUCCUUACGGAGGCAGAAUGGAUGAGAUUUCAGGGUCUGAAACUCCAUUCCCAUACAGAUCUGGCAACAUAUUCCACAUUCAGUACGGGGUGAAUUGGCAAGAGGAAGGGGAUGAGGCCUCAAAAAGGUACAUAAAUUGGAUUAGGAGAGUGUACAAAUACAUGGAACCUCAUGUUUCAAAGUCUCCCAGAGCUGCAUAUCUGAAUUAUAGAGACCUUGACAUUGGGGUUAAUAACAAUGGUUACACAAGUUUCAGCCAAGCCAGGAUUUGGGGCAUUAAGUAUUUCGAUGACAACUUUAACAGAUUGACAAGAGUGAAGACCAAGGUUGAUCCUCAGAACUUCUUCAGAAACGAACAAAGCAUACCUUCUCUUUUAUCGAAGGGACGCAAAUAG